GUCAAGUCAAUCCGUCAUUCAGGAAAACAACACACCUUGUUACUCAGUUGGUUUAGUUUAAAAUAAAUAAUAAUAAUUUAAUAAAACCAUCAUCAAUGAUAAACAGUUCAUUAAAUCAUUACAAAUUUAAUAGAUAGUAAAAUUUUGUAGAUAAUACGUAUUGGUUUUACUAAAGAAAUAGAAUCUACAUGAACAAUGGCUACAAAUUCGAAUAACCCAAUGUCUCCUAGCUCCACAGACCCUGAGACUAUUGAUGGGUCGUCUGUCAAGCCAGGAGAUAUAGACAUGGAUGAGGAAAUAUCAGCCCGCAUGACUGCUUCUUAUAGUGAAAUAUCUUUCCACUCAGACCAGGGGAACGUCAAUGAGAUAUCAGACAAAGGGCCUGGGCCAUCAAGACCUUAUGACUUGCCAUCAGAAAAUCGCAAACAAGAAAAAUUUCCUUUGGAUCUUGAUGGGCAUGUGCGAUAUGAGGGUGACAUGACUCAUUACGUUGCAGAUGAUCUAGAAUUUAAGAUCAAAUUAUCGAGUCCCAUAGCUAAAAGAGGAGAGACACCAGUAUUUGGAAGUUCAAGUGCAUCCAGAUCGAGUACACCAUCUGGAAAACUUUAUAGGCAGAUAUUAGCACCACAAAUUGGACAAAUAGAUAUUACAGUAUUAAAUGAUCUUGAAUAUGAGGCACAAAAGAUUGCUCAAUCAGUUGAUAACUUGAUAGAAAAUCUAUCAGGCAUAUUACAUUCAAACUCAUCAUUGACGGCUGAGAAUAUGGAAGUUUAUAAAGAUGCAGUAGGGAAGACUUGUGAUGCAAUGGACAAUAACAUUAAGAGCAUGUACACAAUAUUGGCAAAAGGUGAGGAAGUGUCACAGGCAAUGAUUCCUGUGCAAGCCCAAGCCGCUAGGAUAGCAGAAAUAAAAAGAUUAUUACAAAUAUUUGAAAAUAAUUUUUAGUUAAUCGGUUAUACUUCUGUAAAUAAGCAUUUAAUUUAUCAAACAUUAUUUGUAAAUAAAUAAUAUUCUUAUUCUAGCCAUAAUAUCA